AUGGCAACAAGUACGAGAUGCAAGAGCGACCUGGCGUGCGAACAGUGCCGUCGCCGCAAGUCGAAGUGCGACCGUGUUCAGCCCCAGUGUGGUUCAUGCGCCCGGGCUGACACGGCAUGUGUUUUCGUCGAUGAAAGGCCGAAACGUGGUCCAAAGAAGGGACAACUUCGGGCAUUGAAGGCCCAGGUCGCCGCGUUGGAGCGCCAGCUCGCCGAACAAAGUAGUAUUGAGUACAUUUCCCCAAGCCAGCAAGAUGGAGAAAGUGGUCAACUGGAUGUGGAAGGGCUCGAACCAAACAUUCAUGCAGGUGUGCAUAUGGCUGUUGGGACGGUUGGCUGGCUGGACGAUUUGACGCCAACAUGGGAUGAUCAGCUAUUUGAGUUUCCAGAACCAGAUACGACUUCAGAAUCAUCAAACUUAACCUUGGUACCGGAAAGUCUAAGUCUGUCCGAUAUGAUGCGUGCCGACUUAGAUGCGCUAUACUUUGAAAGGGUUCACCCAUUCGCGCCCAUAAUUCACAAAGGGCGGUACUUCUCGUGGGCAGACCAGGAAACCCCAUCGCUAGUCCGUACGUCUUUGCGUCUAGCGAUGUGGACUCUUGCCGCCGCUAUUUCCACCCAAUUCCAGAAUCUAAGCCACAGGCUUUACGCUGCCACACGCCAGGCACUACACAAGUUGGACGGCAAUGAUCGUGACCUCCCUUGGACGACAGGCGACAUUCAGCUUGAGGAGAUACAGGCAUGGUUGCUGCUGGCCUAUUACGAGUUUGUUCGCAUGGAACGCCAUCACGUUCUACUUACGGCUGCCCGUGCGUUCCGCUUAGUGCAGCUGACGCAAUUACACGCUGUCGAUGCUUUGAAUACACCGACACACAAGGAUUCGCAGGUUGGUUCUCCUGGUUCCCUUCAAUCUGGUGACCCUUCAAACGCCCUACUGGAAGAGAAGAGGCGGACAUUCUGGUUGGCAUUCUGCUUUGAUCGACUCCUGAACGCACACGAUAGUUUGACGUUUACACUUCAAGAAGAGGUGAUUUACCUGAACCUCCCAGCUACUGAAACCAGCUUUCAAAAAUCUCAGCAAAGUCGCAAAGAUCUUCUGGCCGAGGCGAUCAUGGACUCGAGUAAGACCACUCUUACCCCAUUUGCCGAAAACGUUGUCCUAGCAGCAUUGUACGGCCGCUGUCUGACGCACCGGCGAUUAGCCAUUGCUACGGCGCUCAACGGAAAAAAGGCGAAUCCUGCCUCUGACGGAAAUAUCGCUUGA